UUCAGCUUCGCGAUUCCAUAGUGUUAUGCACCGCCACUAACUCUUCUGCUCAUAUUUGUGCCUCUCUCAACCCUUUGAUUCUGCUGAACUUUCCUCUUCCACGAUCCCUCUUUAUCCAUCGCACGAACUCUCUCUACGCUGGCAUGCAUCGAUCAAUGGUGUCUUCAGUCUUAAUCGAACAUUGACACUGUUCGACUUGGGUGGAGUACUUGCUUGCUUCUCUGUACGUGCAGUUCGACCGAUUCAGCUUCGCGAUUCGCUUCAAUUCGGACUAACAACUACAUCGAGAUGGCGAGCGUAUCAUACUAUGGCGUCGAAUUCCGCCGGCCGAAUUUGGGGAACCUGUACGUUGGUCCAUCGAACAAUAUGUGA